AUAUUACCUCCAGGCGUGGAAGUGGCCGUUUUUCGGCCUAAAGUCGACGAGCUUUCUCUUCUGAGAAUCAACAACGUUAGCAUGGCAAGAAUCAACAACACCUUCGUCAACAGCUCUUUGAUUGUAUAUUCUGGAGCUAAGGGAAUCGUAUCUUCUCCUCGACAAUUCUUAUCCCCUCUGGGACGGCUUCCUUCCCUAAUUCUUAUAAUCAAUUUCAAAGAAGGGGUUCUUGAUUCCUUUGUUUGGAAGGACAUGGGUUGCUCAGAGUCAACAUGCGAGCCUGUGAGCCCGCUGUGUGUGGACAACAGCAAUUGCCUUGUUACAGAAGACAAAUGCAGUAGCAUGAAAACUAUUUCUGAUCCUGAACCUUGCCGCCUUGCUAUCAACGUGGCCUUCUCUGGAACUGAUAAGGAUAAGAAGCCAUUGCAAUCAUGGUACGAGGAUGUGAGCUACCGCAACGUGCUGUACGACGAUGGUGGCGUGCAGGAGGUGGAGCUGCAGCAGGGAGCCAGGUGGCGCUUCCUCUUCCUCUCAGGAACCUUUGACGUGCGCCUGAGAGUCAAGCAGGACCGACCCAACCUCAAGAUGUCGUUUAAACUUAUAAGGCCCGGAUUUAUGAAGCAGUUUGAAGGCUACUGGCAACUAGAGCCGCUGGUUGUCCCUCCCUCCUCCUCUCUUCCUCCCUCCACCACACUUCCUUCUUCCUCCUCCCCCUCUCCUCACUCCCCCACGGCCCGCUCCCCUCGCCCCUCCACACCUCAAUCCGCCCGACUGACUUUCCACACCCCCACAUCAACCUCUUCAUUAGCACACUCAUCAAAGUCUACUGCCGAUUUAUCCUCUGAGCUCGAAAGCCCUCAGAAUGUGUUUUCUGCCAAGUACGUCCCUUUCUCUCCGGAUCAGAAGCCAACUGAAGAGUACUCUCUAGACGAGGUCAUCUACACCAGCAAGGACGGUCUGUUGCUGGACGUGCAGCAUGACUACGAGGCUCUCAAACGCUACGACGCUGCGUACUGGAAGAAGCUCUUCGACUCCCGGGUUGGGAAGCACACGUGGCCUUACGGAUCUGGGGUGUGGAGCAAGAAGGAAUGGGUUCUCCCGGAGAUCGACAACGACGACAUCGUGAGCAUGUUCGAGGGCAACUCCAACCUCUUCUGGGCCGAGCGGUACGGCAAGGAGCUCGGAAUGUCCGAUCUGUGGGUCAAGCAGUGCGGCAACAGCCACACUGGUUCCUUCAAGGAUCUGGGCAUGACAGUGCUCGUGAGUCAAGUGAAUCGGCUGCGGAAGAAGAACAUGCCGCUCGCAGCCGUCGGAUGCGCCUCCACCGGCGAUACCUCCGCUGCUCUCUCCGCCUACUGCGCUGCCGCCGGCAUCCCCGCUAUUGUCUUCCUCCCUGCUAACAAAAUUUCCCUCGCGCAACUCGUGCAGCCCAUCGCGAACGGCGCGCUGGUGCUGUCGAUCGACACGGACUUCGACGGGUGCAUGCGGCUGAUCCGCGACGUGACGGCGCAGCUGCCCAUCUACCUCGCCAACUCGCUCAACUCGCUGCGCCUCGAGGGCCAGAAGACGGCCGCCAUCGAGAUUUGCCAGCAGUUCGAGUGGGAAGUGCCCGACUGGGUCAUCGUGCCUGGAGGCAAUCUGGGCAACAUCUACGCGUUCUACAAGGGCUUCUACAUGUGCAAGGAGAUGGGCCUCGUCGACCGCAUUCCCCGCCUGGUGUGUGCGCAGGCAGCCAACGCGAAUCCGCUCUACCUGUCGUUUCAGAAGGGCUUUGAGCAGUUUGAGCCGGUGCGGGCAACGCAGACCUUCGCCUCUGCCAUCCAGAUUGGCGACCCUGUGUCCAUCGACCGAGCUAUCUUUGCGCUCAAGGCAUCCAAUGGCAUAGUGGAAGAGGCUACCGAGCAAGAGCUCAUGGACGCUGCAGCAGAGGCGGAUCUCACUGGCAUGUUCAACUGCCCACACACAGGAGUGGCUCUGGCAGCUCUGAAGAAGCUGCGCAGUCGGGGAGUGAUUGGUCCCAAUGAUCGCACGGUGGUGGUCAGCACAGCACACGGCCUCAAGUUCGCCCAAUCCAAGGUGGCGUAUCACUCGAAUGAGAUUUCUGGUAUGGUGUCGACGUUUGCCAACCCUCCUGUGAGCGUGAAGGACAACUUGGGAAGUGUCAUGGAUGUGUUGAGAGAGCGCAUUGCCAAGUAA